AUGCUGUGUGCUUUGCUGCCAGUCGUAUUCCUGCUGGGAGCUGUGAAAGGUGGGGAGAUCUGUAUUAACAGAAUCGGCUGUUUCAAUGACAACGUUCCGUGGGCUGGAACACUAGAGCGUCCGAUCAGCCAUUUACCAUGGUCCUCAGAUAAGAUUAAUACCCGCUUCCUGCUCUACACAAGGUCAAACACCAACAGCUUCCAGGAUGUGAACGCCGUUAACCCGUCCACGAUUUCUUCAUCUAACUUCAGAACUAGCAGGAAGACGCGGUUCAUAAUCCAUGGAUUUAUUGACAAAGGGGAGGAGAGCUGGCUCAGCGACAUGUGUAGGGCCAUGCUAGCCGUGGAGGACGUGAACUGCAUCUGUGUGGAUUGGGUCGGCGGCUCCCGGUCGCUGUACUCUCAGGCAGCAAAUAACAUUCGUGUUGUGGGAGCAGAAACAGCUUAUUUCAUUAACGUUCUCUCGAGCAACUUUGGCUACUCUCCAUCUAAUGUCCAUGUAAUCGGCCACAGUCUGGGGGCUCACGCUGCUGGAGAGGUGGGAAAGAGACGCAGUGGAAUUGCGAGAAUAACCGGACUGGAUCCAGCUGAACCCUAUUUCCAAGGGACCCCCGCAGAGGUCAGACUAGACCCUUCAGAUGCAAAGUUUGUUGAUAUCAUUCAUACAGAUGCAGCCCCAAUGCUCCCUAAUUUAGGUUUAGGAACGAGUCAGUUGUCCGGUCACUUGGAUUUCUUUCCAAACGGAGGAGAGGCCAUGCCAGGGUGUAAGAAGAACGCGCUGUCCCAGAUCAUAGACCUGGAUGGUAUCUGGCAAGGAACCCGCGACUUUGUAGCCUGCAACCACCUCAGAAGUUACAAGUAUUACACAGAGAGUAUCCGCAACCGCGAUGGUUUCGUUGGGUUCCCCAGCUCCGCAUACAGUUCAUUCACAUCAGGUGGAGGGUUUCCGUGUCCCAGUAACGGGUGUCCAUUAAUGGGGCACUACGCUGAUACCUACUCGGGAGUCACUUCAUCCAGCCAAAAGUUUUAUUUCAAUACUGGAGAUGUGUCCAACUUCUCACGCUGGAGGUACAAGGUGACAGUGCAGCUCACCGGAUCCCUGAAUGUUCAGGGCUAUUUUCUUGUUUCUCUGUAUGGGGCCAGUGGAAACACCCGUCAGUAUGAAAUCUAUAGGGGCUACAUCAAUGCCAAGAACGCAUACACAGCGUAUAUAGAUGUGGAUAACAACGUCGGAUCCCUUAACAAUGCAAAAUUUGUCUGGAACAAUAACAUUAUUGAUAUUCUGCAACCAACCAUCGGGGCCUCCUCUGUGACUGUGCAGUAUGGGAAAGACGGAAAGACGAAUAGAUUCUGCGGCAGCGGAACUGUAAGAGAAAAGGUUCUCCAGACCCUUAACUCUUGUUAA